ACUGAAGUGCUGUGAAAAAGGACGUGUAUCUGUGUUUCAUUCAGCUGCCAGCUAGUGGCAGGACUUUGGAAAUUCUGUGCAGUGUUAACUUCGUAAAUUCCAGAAGGACAAUGAGGAAGGCAGGCAUGAAUCUAAAAUGACCAAGAAGUUACUGGGUAAAUGAAGGGGAUUGUGCAGCUGUGUGUAUGUGUGUGUUUGUGCUGUUAGGAAAGCCGUCCUGAGCGUGUGCGCCGUGUUAGCGGAGUGUGUGCUGAGUAAAAGGGCUCUUCAUCUGCUCUGGACGCAACAGAAUGAGAUGCCUGUGCCCGGCUCUCAGAGCCGUACUCCUGCUGUCUAGCAAGGCGCAAACCAGCCCCGGAGGUCGCUCCCGGUGACAACGUCCUCCCCUGGCUCCCCUCCCCCACCGUAACGCUCCCGUGAGUGUCAGGGGAGGAUUUGGUUUCGGAGUAUUGGACGGCUGGUACGUGUGGGCCCGCCUCACGCUGCCGGAGCGCUCAUCCGAUAAACUAAGAGCCCACCCCCUCCGUGCCCCACAUGCCCGCCCUCUCCCUGAUUCCCACAGAGAUCAGACACCGUGUCCCUUGUAGGCGGUGGUACAGUCAGGCAGGCAGGCGAGUAAGCGAGCGGGUGAGUGAGACGGUCUGCAGCCCUCGCAGGCGCAAUGCGGGAGUGGCGGGCAUCGCAGGAGGAGUCAGGGGCAGUAUGAUACGACGCCACAGGGAUGGGAGGCAAGCAGUCUUUCCUCAGCCAGUCGCCGACCCUGGAGAACAUCCAAGCAGCCUAUGCAGCUGGGGACAACGGGAAGGCGCAGGAGCUGAUCAGGAUUUCUUGCUCGGAAAGUGCAGGAGGCAGGCCGGAAAAGCAUGACCUCCUGUGCGUGGCGGCCAAGCACGGUGACAUCGAGAGCGUGCACUACCUGGUGAAGGAGGCCAAGGUGCCCGUUCCCCGCGAGCCGCUGGAGGACUGCCCCGCCAUCCUGGCCGCCCACUUCGGGCACCACCAUGUGGUGCGGGAGCUGCUGGAGGCUUUGCCAGUGCCGUGCGUGCAGAGGGACCUGCUGAGCUGGAUGCUGACCACAGCUUGCGAGCAGGGUCACCUGGAAGUGGUCAAGCUGCUGGUAUAUAGCUACCAGGCUGACCCGGAGGGCUGCGGCAUCCGCAGCAACGAAUUCGCCGUCAUCACCGGCCUGCCGCUGUAUGCGGCCGCCCGUGCAGGGCAUGAGGAGAUCUCAUCUUUUCUGCUUCAGAAUGGGGCGGGCAUCUCAUCCUACACUCUAAUGGACCACCCCGCCUUCGCCAGGCAGCUGCUGAGGGGCCGCUUCAUGGAGCCAAGUGACGCAGACGCCGGUGGGGGGCCCCAGGAUGCUCUCUCCAUCCGUUGGUGUGGCUUGAAGCUUCCAUGGCUGGACCUGGACUGGUUCAUGGACCUCUCGUCCCGAAUCACCCAGCUGGACCUGUCCUCCAAUAGCCUGUCUUCCCUGCCCUCUGUCGUGCCCUGGGGUCUCAUCCACCUCCAGACCCUGGACCUCUCCAGCAACCAGCUGAAGGAGCUUCCAGACACACGGUCCUCCCAGGAGAUCAUCUGCAGCCAGUUGCGCGAGGUCAACCUGUCUCAGAAUGAGCUGAGCAGCCUCCCCAUUGGCCUGCUGCAUCUCACAAGGCUUCAGAAGCUGAUCGCCACCAAGAACCAGCUGACCUCCCUGUUUGAGAUACCCAACGGAACCAACUGGAUUGGCCUGCGCAAGCUGGAGGAGCUGGACGUGUCCGACAACGGCCUGAUGGUCCUCCCCACCUUGAUCCUGCACUGCCUCAAGUCACUCGUCAGCCUCAAUGUGUGCAGAAACAAGCUGAGCCAGUUUCCUGAGCCGUGGGCCUGCCCAUUGAAGUGUUGCAGGGCCUCCUCCAAUGCGCUUGAGUUCCUCCCCAACACCAUCUCCAUGUUCUGGAAGACACUGAAGGAUGUGGAUUUCUCGGAGAAUACCCUCAGAGAGCUACCGCCGCACAUCUUUGAGCUAGAAGGCCUGGUCUCCCUGAAGCUCUGCGGUAACCAGCUUUCCUCCCUGCCAGCAGCCGACAGGUGGAAGUGCUCCCAGCUGAAGAACCUCGAUCUCUCCAGGAACCAGCUAGGCAAAUACAGGAGUGACACAGGAACAAAGACCAGGAAGCUCCCUUUCUUCACUACCUGGAGCAGGAGGGACCCAGAACCAGUGUCUCCCAUAGAAUUUCCCAUAAUUCUGCGGGACUCAUUGGAAGUGCUUCUCCUGAGUGACAACCAGCUGGAGUGUGUGCCCCAGUCAGUGUGCACCCUGAGAAAUCUCUCUGAGCUCUAUUUGUCCAACAAUCCUGGCAUUCGGGAGCUACCGGCAGAGCUGGGGCUGCUGUCCAACCUCUGGCAACUCGACACUGAGGAUCUGAGCAUCAGCAACAUCCCAGCUGAGGUGCGGCGUGAAGGCCCUGCAGCCGUACUGGCUUUCCUGAGGGCUCACCUUCGUAAGGCAGAACGCUGCAAGAUGCUGAAGAUGAUUGUGGUGGGGCCACCCCGGCAGGGCAAGACCACGCUCCUGGAGGGCCUGCAGACCGGUCGGCCCGGGCAGUUUCUCGCCCAAGAGUGCAGCGUCAGGACAUCUACGUGGGAGCUGGAGCGGCCCAGCGGGGUCAAAGCCACUAUGGAUUCAGUGGAGUUCAACGUGUGGGACGUGGGAGGGCCGGCCAGCAUGUCCACAGUCAAUCAGUGUUUCUUCACGGACAAGGCGCUGUAUGUGGUCAUCUGGAACCUGGCUCUGGGAGAGGAGGCGGUGGCCAGCCUGCAGUCCUGGUUGUUAAACAUUGAGGCCAGUGCCCCUAAUUCUGCUGUGAUAGUGAUUGGCACACACCUCGACCUCAUUGACACAAAGUUCCGCAUAGAGAGGAUUGCAACGCUGCGCGCCUACAUCCUGGCAUUGUGCCGAUCGCCAUCCGGUGCCAGGGCCAGCGGUUAUCCGGACGUCACCUGCAAGCACCUGCAUGAGGUGUCCUGUAAGACAUCGGAGGGCCUGGAUGGCCUGAAGAGGCUCAUUUACCAAGUGGCCUGCACCAUGAAGGACGUCAGCACCUCCUCCAGCGGCCACAAGCUGGUGGGGAGACUGAUCCCGAAAAGCUACCUCCUGCUGCAGGACGCUGUGAUCGCCGAGCAGCAAAGGCGGGAUGCAGAGGAUGAGGUGCAGUACCUCACUGACCUAGAGCUGGAGAAGAUCAUUGAGGAGAAUCCAGCUAGUGACAUAAAGGACUAUGAGGACCUCCAAACCGCCAUUGGCUUCUUGAUCGAGACCGGCACCUUGCUGCACUUUCCGGACACCAGCCACGGACUCUGCAAGCUCUACUUUCUGGAUGCCAAGUGGCUCUCCGAGUGCCUUGAGCGCAUCAUCAACAUCAAGAGCUCGCGCUCCGUGGCGCGGAAUGGCGUCAUCCGCGCUGAGGACCUGCGCAUGCUGCUGGUGGGCACUGGCUUCACAGAGCAGACGGAGGAGCAGUACUUCCAGUUCCUGGCCAAGUUUGAGAUCGCCCUGCCCGUGGCUAAUAACAGUUACCUGCUACCUCACCUCCUGCCCCCAAAGCCUGCCAUGGACAUACAUUGCUUCCGGCAGCAGACCACCAAUACCAUCCAGAGACUGUUUAAGAUGAGUUUCGUGCCUGCUGGCUUUUGGGAACGUUUCAUUGCCAGGAUGCUGAUAAGUCUCACAGAGAUGGACCUCCAGACUUUUGAAAGCAAGAGAAACUCGAAAAACCUCCGAAACCGUAACUCGGUUAUUUACAGCUUUGCCGGUAACCAGCAGAGGAAUCGGUGCAGCACAUUUAGAGUCCGUCGCAGCCAGACUAUCUACUGGAAAGAGGGCCUUCUGGUCACCUUCGACGGGGGUUAUCUGAGUGUGGAGUCGUCAGACCUCAACUGGAAGCAGAAGAAGAGUGGUGGCAUUAAGAUCAUCUGUCAGUCAGACAUGCGUGACUUCUCAGCCAUGGCCUUCAUCACGGAUCACGUUAACUCGCUGAUCGAGCAGUGGUUUCCCGCACUGACGGCCAGCGAGAACGAUGGCUCGCUGCUCAUGGAGCAGUACGCACCGUGCUCCAUCUGUGUGCCAGCGGCCCGAGCAGGACCCCGGGAGGCGCGGUCAGGUGCUGUGCACCUCUUCAACAUGGCAGACUGCGUGCUGGCUGCGGUGGAGAAGGAGCAUGUUGUGUGUCCCAACCACCCACAGCAGCCUGUCCCCCUGCAGGAGCUGGUACCUGAGCUCUUCAUGACAGACUUCCCUGCACGCUUGUUCCUGGAGAACCAGCAGCUGGAGUGCAGCGGGGAGGAGCAGGACAUCCUGGGCCAGGGGGGCAGUGGGACUGUCAUCUACCGGGCCAAGUACCGGGGCGAGCUGGUGGCCAUCAAGCGCUUCCACUUCAAAAAGUGCCGACAGUUGUCCCUGGCCUAUCGCACAGACACCAUGAUGAAGCACUUGCAGUCCGUGGAUGCCAGCAGGACCUUCUCGGAGUUCCGGCAGGAGGCCAGCAUGCUGCAUACGCUGCAGCACCCCUGCAUUGUCGCACUUCUGGGCAUCAGCAUCCACCCGCUCUGUUUCGCCCUGCAACUGGCGCCACUGGGCAGCCUCAACAGUGUGCUGGAAGAGCGGGCCAAAGGUAUGCGCUACAUGCCCCUGGGGCAUAUGCUUACCUUCAAGGCGGCCUAUCAGAUCGCCGCCGGCCUAGCCUACCUGCACAAGAAGAGCAUCAUCUUCUGUGACCUGAAGUCCGACAACAUCCUGGUCUGGUCGCUGGAGGUGUGCCAGCCGGUGAACAUCAAGCUCUCGGACUAUGGCAUCUCUCGUCAGUCCUUCCAUGAGGGGGCGCUGGGGGUGGAGGGCACCCCAGGCUACCAGGCCCCCGAGAUCAAGCCUGGCAUCGUGUAUGAUGAGAAGGUGGACAUGUUCUCUUACGGCAUGGUCUUAUACGAGCUACUGUCCGGACGCAGGCCCGCCCUGGGCCAGCACCAACUCCAGAUCGCCAAGAAGCUGUCCAAGGGUGUGAGGCCGACACUGGGCAGCCCGGAGGAGGUGCAAUUCCACUGUCUGCAGAGCCUCAUGGUGGAAUGUUGGGACACCAAGCCAGAGAAACGCCCUCUGGCUGCCCCUCUUCUCCGGCAGAUGCAGGAGCCCAGUUUUCCCUGUUUCAAGUACCUGCUGUCCUGUGAGAAUCAUGACCAGCUCUUUCUGCCUGGCCAGCAGGGCCACAGCGCUGUGUUCUGGGACGGGGAGAAGGAUGAGAGGAACUACACGGUGGUGAAUCUCGAUAACGGUCAGACGGAGGUGAGGAGGAUGCCCUGUCCUGGAAUGAGACUAAGCUGCCAGCUGAAGACUGAGAACACCCUCUGGACGGCGACGGAGGACCACAACAUCUAUAUCUACAGCCUGAAGGAGAUGUGUCCUCUCGGAUAUCCUCAGCGGCAGCUGGCCUGCCCGGCUGUGGUCACGUGCCUGUUCCUGGUGCCGGCCAAAAAAGAGGCCCUGCCACUGGUGUUCGUGGGCAUGGCCGACGGCCUGCUGGCCGUGUACAUGCUGUGUGACGACAUGCCCCUGGACGGCGAGACCUACCUGUGUUCCCACACGGUGAAUCGCUCGCAGUUCCAGCUGGAAGACACGGACCCGCGGCAGCGGCCCUACCCGGUGCUCAGCAUGGCGCUGGUGCGCAGCGACUCCGAGGUCUGGUACACCAACGGGCCAGGCCUGCUAGUGGUGGACCGCCUGUCCUUGCAGGCAGUACGCCGGCUCGAGCCGUAUCGGGUGCCUUCACGCAUCGUGUCCCUGGCCGCCAGCUCAGCUUGCUGGGGCGAGGAGGCAGUCUGGUGCCUGGACGACCACACCAACACGCUGCUGAUGUACCACGCUGCCACCUACAGGCCAUGCGCCACCUACGCCUGCGGGGACGCCAGCCCUCUGCGGGACACUUUCGGCGUAACCUGGCCUUCAGGGACGGCCUGUAGCCCCCCGUCCUCACCCCAGCAGGAUGGCCCCGAGCAGGGACACAGCCCGGCGGAAGUGAGGAUCUUGUACGAGGAGAACGCCGGCACACAGAUCCUGUGUCACCAGGACUCUCUGACUGACUACUGCUCCGUAAGCUCCUUGGCCUGCUCGCUGGAGCACCCCUGCCGCACGGAGCAUUCUGGAUCCUGGGCCAUGAGCUCCCUCGCCAGCUCCAGCGUGCCAGCCUCCCCUGAGGUUGAGGAGCCUGACGGGCUGCGGGACGGGAUCCCCGCGUGUCCCUCCCACACGGUGAUCGCAGAGCCUGCCCUGGAAGGCCACACUCCUCCACACCUGCAGGCCCUCGCCGUGCUGGCCGUGAAAGGCACGGUGUGGAUCCCCAGGCACGGGGGAGACAUGAUGGUAAUCGAGCUGCAGCAGCAGGGGGCGCUGCACCAGGGACGUGUCAUUGCGGUCCUCCACGCCCCGGGACUGACCCAGUUCGGGACCCUGGUCGGGGCAGCUGUGGUUGCAAAGGACACGGUUGUGUGUGGUUUUCGGAACCAAAACGCGGAGUGGUGCCUAGCAGUCUGGAGGAGCUGGGGGUCCAGGGAGAUGGAGGUCUUCUACCAGUCCUACGAGGAGCUGGGGCGGCUAGAGACCAGCAUGAGAAAAAGAAGGUAGCUCUUUGCCUGCUCAGAAUCGGAGGCCCAGGGGGCCGAGGGCAGGGGUAGGGGGCGAGCGGCCUGACAUCUACACCACCAUGAAGGAUGGGAGCCUUGGGAGGAGGGCGGGUGCAUCCCAUGGACCAGCGGUGUACCUGUAUCCCGGCGACGGCAUGUGUGUGCUUCUGGCCCGCCGUGGAAAAGGGACUCCCGUUUCUCACUGCCAUGUGGGGACUUCCGGGCUGCAACGCCACGGCUACGCCUUGGGAGAGACGGGUAAAUCAGACCUCUUCAGGAAGUGGGCCGAGAGAGAGCAGCCUGAGCAAACGGGAUCAAGUGGCGUGUCCAUGAACCACUGCACCUUCAGAAGGAAGACCGGGGCAGGCCCCCUGAGCUGCUGGGGACAGGGGGAUCAUAAGGCCAUCUGCUCAGAAAUCCUGACAAUCCCCAGCUGCUCAGGCUUAUAGUCGAUGAGUAAAAUGCAACUGCACCUUUAUGAACAAGAGCUGUAUUUUUUUUCCCUUUAUUUGUGAUAAAGCAUGAAAUAUUAAACUAAUUUAUACUAUGAUGUUCACAAUCACUUAUCUGCAUGUGUAUAUAGGAAAUAUUGUUCCUUUCUAAAAUAAAUCUAUGCAAUAAAGUUCGUGCAUCUCUUUUA